AUGCCAUCAUAUAAAAUUAAUAAUCAAUUAGAAGAUACUAGAAUUAAUAUACAAUCACAAGAAAAUAAAAGAUCAUAUUUUGAAUUUCUUCUUACUGAUCAAACUUCUGAAGAAAGACCUACAGAUGAUGAAAUAACUCAAUAUAUAUCAGCACCUAUUGAUACUACUACUAAUCCAUUAGAAUGGUGGCAACGUUUUGAAGGGGAUUUUCCAAUUCUUUCACAAAUAACAUUAUGUUAUUUAAGUAUUCAAGGUUCUAGUGUACCUUCAGAACAAGUAUUUUCUAUAGCAUCAAAUAUAAUUACCAAGAUUCGAUGUAAUUUGAAACCAGAAACUGCACACGCGGUUAUGUGUUUAAAAUGUUGGAUUCAACAAGUAAGAGAUAAAAAGGAAUGUGAUAAGUUUGAAGAUUCAUUUUUUUUGAAAUGUUAA